GGUGAGGCGGAGUGGGCAGCCGUCCGUCGGACGCCGGUGAGGAGCGCCCCGAGAGUUGGGGGUGCGUGGGGACCGUCUCCUGCGGGCAGAGCCCUGCGGCUGGGAUUGGGAGCCGCGUUCCCCUGCCCGCCUGCUUUCACGGGGAUCGGUGUUGCCGGCUGGUGGACGUGCACCGGCGGUUGCGUAUGUGCCAGAGCUCAUUCACCGCGAUGGGAGCCCUCCUCCUUCCCUCAGCCAUUCCCGCUUCAAGGAGGCUUUCCCCGUCUCCUCCUGCAGUCAUGGGGGGUUUAAUUCAGCUGCGUGCCUUUGCACGAGAGGUGAGAGGUGUGCAGUCCGAACUCCCGGAGGACUGUCGUACCACAGUUCGGCACCUGACAUCUCUGGUGAUGUUGCGUAUCCAAUGCCUUCACCGGGAGCCGUCCCUCCCUCCUCUCCGUUUCAUUCCGCCCUGAGGCAAUGCGGAGAAUCACAGAAUCACAAGGAAGUGCUUGGUCAUCGUGCUCUCCUCGCUUAGGCUGGGGGAUAAGACAGCAAGAUUGCAGCCUGUAUGAUAGAAUUGAGCCUUCAUCAGCUAUGCAGUGUGCUGGUACGCGCGCUGUUAACAGGCAAGGCUGCUAUACGGGAACAAAAAAUAUUGUUUGACUGGGCUGAAUAACUGACAGUAGUGUGAAUUGCAAAGGGACGACAUCAACACAGACUGAAUAUUCAGCAUGAAUGCUGACAUUUCUUGAACUAUGCAUAAUAGCUGGGAAGAACAAGCACAUUUCCGGAGACUUGUUGGGAGAAAUCCAUAAGAAGUAUUAGACUAUGACCAGGUAACCCCACCGGAGCAGUCCAACAUCUUUAGGAAAACUGUGUGGACUAUGAGUAUCCCGGCUUCCAGGAGCUCUGCACUCCCCCAUCACACACCCCAGGGAUGAUGAAGACCCAUCUGCCUCAGCUCAUCUCCCAGACCCUUCAUACACAUUUCACUGUGACCAGUGCUGUCACAAGUGAUGGCGUACCUGCCUCGCUGGAACCAGAUGCACGUUCUACUGUCUGCUCAGUUGCCAAGGCAGAAUAAUGCAAACUGUACACAUGUGUACUCAAGAACCUCUUUCCCUCAUCCUUGGAGGAAGACCAAGGUGCUGAGAAGCAUGACGGAGCGGGCACUUCAGGGAUCACUGAUCAGGAGAAGGAGUUGUCGAGCAGUGCAUUACAAGCUUUUCUGGCUGGAAAUUAUGAUGCCUGUUUGCAACACCUAAAUACACUUCAAGACAUAAACAAAGAUGACUACAAAAUAACUUUGAAUACUGCAGUUGCGGAGUUCUGUAAAAGUAACCAGACCACGACAGACAAUUUGAGACAAACCCUGAACCAGCUGAAGAACCAGGUUCACUCUGCCGUUGAAGAAAUGGAUGGUUUAGAUGAUGUUGAAAAUAGUAUGCUUUACUACAAUCAAGCUGUUAUUCUGUAUCAUCUGCGGCAGUAUACUGAAGCUAUAUCAGUUGGAGAGAAGCUGUACCAGUUUAUAGAGCCUUUCGAAGAGAAGUUUGCCCAGGCUGUGUGCUUCUUGCUUGUGGACUUAUACCUGCUGACUUACCAGGCUGAGAAGGCCUUACAUCUCCUUGCUGUUCUGGAAAAAAUGAUUUCACAGGGCAACAAUAAUAGCAAGAAUGGAAAAAAUGAGUCAGGUAAUAAUACAAAUAAAGAUUCCUCCAAUCAAAAAGCUGAAAGUGGAGCUUUAAUAGAAGUUGCUAAAUCUAAGAUACAUCAGUAUAAGGUGAGAGCCUAUAUCCAGAUGAAGUCACUAAAAGCAUGCAAAAGGGAGAUCAAGUCUGUUAUGAAUACAGCUGGAAAUUCAGCUCCUUCUCUCUUUCUUAAGAGCAAUUUUGAAUAUUUGAGGGGCAAUUACCGUAAAGCAGUCAAACUUUUAAACAGUGCAAACAUUGCUGAACAUCCAGGCUUCAUGAAAACAGGCGAAUGCUUACGGUGCAUGUUCUGGAACAAUCUUGGCUGCAUCCACUUUGCAAUGGGAAAGCACAAUUUAGGAAUUUUUUACUUUAAAAAAGCCUUACAAGAAAACGAUAACGCGUGUGCACAGCUAGGAACAGGUAGCUCAGAUCCAGGUAAGAAAUUUUCAGGGAGGCCCAUGUGUACGCUGCUGACUAACAAACGGUAUGAGUUGCUCUACAAUUGUGGAAUUCAGCUCCUGCACAUUGGGAGGCCCCUAGCUGCCUUUGAAUGCCUGAUUGAGGCCGUCCAGGUUUAUCACUCGAACCCUCGUCUUUGGCUGAGAAUAGCAGAAUGUUGCAUUGCUGCCAAUAAAGGGACAUCUGAACAAGAGACUAAAGGUCUUCCCAGCAAAAAGGGGAUUGUGCAAUCUAUAGUAGGUCAAGGCUACCACCGUAAGAUAGUCCUAGCAUCCCAGUCAAUACAGAAUGUCGUUUAUAAUGACGGGCAGUCCUCAGCAAUACCUGUAGCCAGCAUGGAGUUUGCAGCCAUUUGUCUAAGAAAUGCCUUGCUGUUACUUCCAGAAGACCAGCAGGAGCCAAAGCAGGAAAAUGGAUCUAAACCUAAUAAUCAGCUGGGGGGGAAUACAGAAAACAGUGAAAGCAGUGAAGCAUGCAGCAAUAAAAGUCACGAAGGGGAUAAAUUCAUUGCAGCUCCACCUUCUUCGCCUUUGAAGAAACAGGAAUUAGAAAAUUUAAGGUGCUCAAUACUUGCCUGUAGUGCUUACGUGGCUCUGGCUCUGGGAGAUAACCUUAUGGCACUGAAUCAUGCAGAUAAGCUCCUUCAGCAACCAAAGCUGUCAGGGUCUCUGAAGUUUCUUGGGCAUUUGUAUGCAGCAGAAGCUCUCAUCUCUCUUGACCGAAUAUCUGAUGCCAUCACUCACUUGAACCCUGAGAACGUCACCGAUGUUUCCCUCGGGAUCUCCUCAAAUGAACAGGAUCAAGGCUCUGACAAAGGAGAGAAUGAGGCAAUGGAGUCUUCUGGCAAGCAGACCCCCCAGUGUUAUCCCAGCUCAGUCACAUCUGCACGAACAAUGAUGCUGUUUAACCUCGGAAGCGCCUACUGCUUGCGGAGUGAAUACGACAAAGCUCGAAAGUGUCUCCAUCAGGCUGCUUCGCUGAUCCACCCCAAGGAGAUCCCUCCGGAGGCCAUCCUGCUGGCCGUGUAUCUGGAGUUACAGAAUGGUAACACUCAGCUGGCGCUGCAGAUCAUCAAGAGAAAUCAGCUUCUCCCUUCAGUGAAAACGCUCUCAGACAUGCGGAAGAAGCCCGUUUUCCAGCCGGUCCAUUCGCUCCAGCCCAUUCAGAUGCCGACGUUCACCGCUGUGCAGAGGAAGUGAGGGUCUGUUGAGCUCGCUGCUGCCCUUCCUGGGAGGGCUGGGGAUUUUGUAUAUUUUUUUAACCUCGGACAUCUGCAUACCCGCAUUGCUGGAGUGUGUUCCUUUAUGUAAAUUUUUAAUAAAACACUUAAAUGUCUCCA